AUGGCUAAGAGCGAGAGCAACAUGGUCAGCUCCAGCGGCUGCUCUAAUGGAGCACAUAAGAGGCUGCUGCAGCAGGAUAGCAGUGGUGGAGGCUAUGCCCAACAGCACGCCAAGAAGAAGGCUCGCAUCGGCAUGAGAACAGACUACACAUAUGCACCGUAUCAUGAUGGCUUCCAGUGGAGAAAAUAUGGGCAGAAAAUGAUCCGGGGCAAUGCAUUCCCAAGAUGCUACUACCGGUGCACGUACCACCAGGAUCUUGGCUGUCCGGCGAGCAAGCACGUGGAGCAGCACAACUCCGGGGACCCGCCUCUGUUCCGGGUGGUCUACACCAACGACCACACAUGCAGAGGCGCGGCCGAUGCGGCCUCGGACUACAUGGCUUCGUCGAUGCACAUCCAACAGAUCGCCGAUGCUUCCCUGAGAAAGGUGCCGGAGGUGGAAACUAAGCCGGCGCCGCUCACGCAGCUGGCUCGCUGCGGCCGUGGUUUCGCCGCCGCGAUAAAAGAAGAGAAAGACGCCAUCGUCUCCUCCCUACUCACCGUCAUCAGAGGCUGCGACGACAACAUCGUGAAAUCUGACCACUCCGCUCGUGUGAACUACAGAGAUUCGUUGUUGGCUAGUAACUGCUACAGGGAUUCACCGGCGAUGGCCGGAGGUAGCCAUGACGGCAGCAGUAGCUCCUCGGUUUCGCCAGUGGUGCUGCCGGCGCACCAUGACCUAGGGCUGGACUUCAUGGUGGACUCCAACUGGUUCGAGCCUUUGGAUUUGGGUUGGUUCAUUGAAUAG